AUGCUCUUCCGAGACGUCUUCACAUUUCCAGUCGCUCCCUCCGUGUUUCCAGGCAGCUACCUUGACGAGUCCCGGAUCGAGGUGACCUGGGCCAAGCCGGUCGAGAAGAGUGACUCUCUUCGUCUGACUCGCAGCAGCAGUGGAGGAGCCAACGGUACUGGAGUUGGCAUAGGACGCAACUCUGUCUCCAACGGCGUGACGACCGGAUGCCUGACUUCGAGUUGUGGAGGUUCUGGCGUUUCAACUGGCAGUUUUGGCCAUUUGUUGGCCGGUCCACCUCAGCCAUUGUCCCUGUGUCUGAGUCCCGGCAAAGCCAACUCAUCCGGACUGACUAAUCUUUUCGGCCAAUACCUGCCGUUGUCUUCCCGUCUUCAGUCGGCCAACGCCUCUAUCGGCGCCACGAUCACUUCUGCCGCAUCCGACCUCCGGUCUCAGACUCUAACCGGUCCAGUUUACCCACUGUUGGUAGACGGUCAAGCCGGACAGACGGCGACUCGAGCCACACUUCAGGGACAUCUGGCUAGGCUGUCUACAGACGCAGCUUCACGUACUUGCCUGCCCACCAGCUCUUUUGCCUCCUCUCCUUCUGCAGACAUCGUAUCCAUUUUGUCCUCAUGCUUCUCUUCACCCUCCAACCUGGUUGCUGCUUCUACUUCCUCCUCCACUUCUUCCUAUGCCCCCCUGCACUCGUUUCACAUGCCCCAGAUGCCUCUUGUUGGUCUUCUUUCAAGCCCUCUGGCACCCUCCACCUCCGCCAGAUGCCUGCUGGCACCUGGAGACCUACUUCUGCCCACACAAAUGGCAUCACAACCUCAACAUCUACAGCAACAUCAGCAGCACCAGCACCAGCAACAACAUCAACAACACCAAUUUCAACAACAAAAUCAAAAUCAUCAGACUCAUUAUCAGCCCAAUUGGCUGUCGACAGAGUCGUCUGCCCUACACAGAUCGCCACGUUACGCGACACGAAGCAAUCUUUUAGCCUGUCCAUCUGGAACAAGCAGCAUUAUUGGCGGUCUUGAGAUGUCCCUUGGCUUUCCCAACCCUAAUUGCCUGAUUGGUACUGCUGAUGCCUCCUCCACCUUUGACCAUAAUGGCACGAUCGAGACAAAUGCAAGCGACGCCAAUUGCGACGAGUUGACCAGAGGUGGAGCAGUAUUCACUGGCUCUUCUGCCAGUCCCUUUCUGGGAAACACAAGUCUGCCCUCCAGACAGACCGACGCCACGUCCGGGCUCAGCCUCCGACUUGUGGAAGCCGGGGCUCAGCACUUGGCCGGCCCACCGUCCGGCGUUUGGCUGGGCCAACCUGGGGGUUCUAUCAGAAUGGCCACUGCUGGUGGAGCUGGCCUCUUUAACGGUCUGUCUGGACAAAAAAGAGCAGCAUUUGGAGCACAGACUACUACCCCUACAGUCCCGUCGGCUGCCUCUUUGGGCGACAGCUGUUUGGCCAGAUGCAGAGGCGAUACCAAUUGGCUAAUGAAGAAUACCGCCUUCCUUGAAAGCGCCAAUGGCAGGGUAAUUAAACUGACCAUAAAUUAUGUUACUGGUUCGACCAUGUUUUGGCAACUUGGUUGGAGCAUCAGGGAGACCUUGUGGACCGUACCCGGUCUCGUGUCCUGUGUCAUAGUAUUCGUGAUUUUCAGCAUUUCACCAUUGGCUGGGUACAUUCCCAAACGUUCUCCUGCGUCGUAG